CUGUAUCGCAGUCUUUCGCUAGAUAUCUGCUGGAUAAAAUCGAACAGUAGGAGUCAGCUGUUAGGUCGAUCGUGUCUCGAACUCGGCACAGUGCGGUUACAAGUUUUGGGACGAGCUCUUCGCCUAUCGUUGCACAGGAUCGCUAUUCUAAGCGCUACUAGGAUCAGUGUGAUUAGUCUGUUAUAGCAUCGCCGACGGUGAGCAAGUGCAUAUCUCGGGUUCAUUCGAAACAGCAGCGGACGCUCGUUUGGUUCGGAUUAAUUUGCGAAUAAAAGUGUUGUGUUCGAGAGAAGCAGCAGAAGAUUACAGUGAUUGAGUGUGCUAAGAAAUAGUGAAAGCAAUAGUCGAUACUUGAUUGCAACGCGAUGAGUUCUAAAUCAGGUCCUGUCCAACGGUAUAUCCAACAUGGAGCGCACAAGGGCAAGGGUAUUGCCGUCUUCACCAGUGGUGGCGAUUCCCAGGGCAUGAACGCAGCCGUCCGUGCCGUUGUCCGUAUGGGCAUUUAUGUGGGAUGUAAGGUCUUCUUCAUCCGCGAAGGUUACCAGGGAAUGGUGGACGGCGGUGACAACAUCGUGGAAGCCAACUGGUCAUCGGUAUCCAGUAUUAUCCAUCGCGGUGGUACGGUCAUUGGUUCCGCUCGUUGCAAGGACUUCCGGGAGCGCGAGGGACGUCUGAAAGCCGCGUUCAAUCUGGUCAGCCGGGGCAUCACCAAUCUGGUCGUGAUUGGAGGCGAUGGUUCGCUGACCGGUGCCAACCUGUUCCGUCAGGAAUGGGCCAGCCUGUUGGAUGAACUGUUGGCUGUUGGUAAGAUAAACCAGGAUCAAAGGAUCAAAUAUAAGUCGCUGCACAUCGCCGGUAUGGUCGGAUCGAUCGAUAACGAUUUCUGUGGCACGGACAUGACCAUCGGUACGGAUUCGGCACUGCAUCGUAUCAUCGAGGCCAUCGAUGCUAUUGUCAGUACGGCUUACUCGCAUCAGAGAACCUUCAUCAUGGAGGUCAUGGGCAGACAUUGUGGUUACCUAGCCGUAGUCGCCGGUCUAUGCGCGGAGGCCGAUUACAUUUUCAUCCCCGAAAAUCCACCCAAACCAGAUUGGCCCGAAAAACUGUGCAGACACCUUUCACAGGAACGUUCGGCCGGGCAAAGAUUGAACAUUAUCAUCGUGUCGGAGGGUGCGAUCGAUCGCGAAGGCCAACCGAUCACUGCGGAGAAGGUGAAACAGGUUGUGGUCGAUAAACUGCAACAGGACACUCGAAUCACCGUGCUGGGUCAUGUGCAGCGCGGAGGAAAUCCGAGUUCGUUCGAUCGUGUACUGGGUUGCCGUAUGGGAGCCGAAGCCGUGAUGGCACUGAUGGAAGCCGACGAAAACACGGAACCGUGUGUGGUGUCUCUGGACGGCAAUCAGGCGGUCCGUGUGCCCCUGAUGGAGUGCGUCAAGCGUACCAAGGCCGUUAUGGAAGCGAUGGCUGACAAAAACUGGGAACUGGCCGUCCAACUACGCGGUCUGUCCUUCUCGAGGAACUUGGAAACCUACAAGAUGUUGACCCGCCUAAAGCCCCCGAAGAGCGCCUUCGACGAGCAGGGUCGUGGAAUCGAAGGCUACACGAUGGCCGUUAUGCACAUUGGUGCUCCGGCUUGUGGAAUGAAUGCCGCUGUGCGGUCGUUUGUUCGCAAUUGCAUUUACCGUGGUGACACCGUGAUGGGUAUUCACGACGGUAUUGAGGGUUUGGUUAGUGGCAACAUCAAGAAGAUGGAGUGGGCCGAUGUAACCGGAUGGGUUGGCCAAGGUGGUGCCUUCCUCGGUACCAAACGUACUCUCCCGGAGGGCAAGUUCAAGGAGAUUGCUGCCCGUUUCAAGGAGUUCAACAUUCAAGCAUUGCUGAUCAUCGGUGGAUUCGAGGGCUAUCACGCUGCCGGUCAGCUGGCAGAUCAACGGGACAACUACAAAGAAUUUUGUAUUCCGAUUGUGGUUAUUCCAUCUACCAUUUCAAACAAUGUUCCCGGUACAGAAUUCUCACUGGGAGCAGACACCGGUCUGAACGAAAUCACGGAAAUUUGCGAUCGCAUUCGACAGUCCGCUCAGGGUACCAAGCGUCGCGUAUUUGUUAUCGAGACCAUGGGAGGUUACUGCGGUUAUUUGGCAACACUGUCUGGGUUAUCCGGCGGUGCCGAUGCCGCCUACAUUUACGAGGAAAAAUUCUCUAUUAAAGAUCUGCAACAGGAUGUGUACCAUAUGGCGUCGAAAAUGAGUGAUGGCGUACAGCGUGGGUUGAUUCUGCGGAACGAGAAGGCCUCGGAGAAUUAUAACACCGAGUUCAUCUAUCGCCUGUACUCGGAGGAAGGAAAGGGUUUGUUCUCGACCAGAAUGAAUGUGCUCGGACACAUGCAACAGGGCGGAUCACCGACUCCGUUCGAUCGUAACAUGGGUACCAAAAUGGCGGCCAAAUGUGUGGAGUGGUUGGUAGAACAAUUGAAGGCAAACACAUUGCCCGACGGAAGCAUCAACGCAAAAACGCCGGAAACUGCCUGUCUGCUCGGUUUGGUCCGACGACAGUACAGAUUCAGCCCGCUCAAGGAUCUGAUCGCCGAUACUAACUUCGAGCAACGCAUCCCCAAGCAUCAGUGGUGGCUGAAACUUCGCCCACUGCUGAGAAUUCUGGCCAAGCACGACUCCACUUACGAAGAGGAAGGACUCUACAUCACCGUCGACGAAGAGAUGUCCACCGAUUCUCCGUGCGCUUAAAUUGUUUUGUCCCGCACGCACACAAAUGUUUCUGGGAGACCACCUACUUAUAAUCGUACGUCAACUCUUUUCACCGGAACGAAAGAAGGAAAAAAAUGCUACGGCUAUGCAAAGAUUGUCGUGCGAUUGUAAAGGGUGGUAUUGAGUCGCAUAUAGCUAAUUCUAGGACAACAUUAUUUAAUUCUCUACCGAUAACUGAACGGAAGGUGUUCCCGCCUAGUUGAUAUAGUCGUUUCAUUGGCCAGGAAAAUUGAGAUCGUUUUAUCAUCCCAUCAUUAGCCGUCGAUGCAAAAAUACGACCGUGAAGAUCUUUUCUAUGAUAUUCUGCAUUUUAUAGCUCAUGAACAACCAGGCGACACUACUAAAUGGGACAAAAAAAAAUUUUCUCUGUACUAAACAGUUUAUUCGGUAUUUUAGACUGCAUCUCAUCCUAUCAAAUGAAAAAAUAAACUAAAAGUAAAGUGAAUGUAUAGGCAAAUUGAUUACAAAACCCAAAGAGAUAUACCUCAGUUAGGAGCAAAACAAAAAAAAUCUGUUAUCAGUGCAAAGAAAUUGUGAUUCGUUGUUAUCUCCUAGCAAAAGCUAAUCGUUAGUCGCCCGUUUCCAAUCUAUGACUAAUCAUACACCUACUCACUACGAACAAAUAUACGAUGCUGCACGCGAUUAAUACCCUUAGAAUAAGUUGUGUUUUGUUACACGCACACACUUCCAGCGCCAGUCCAAUAGCAUAGAACCUCCUGUCGGUCCGGAAGAAUAAAUGUGGACCCAAAUAUGUCCCGAUUUUACUGAUUCUAAUAUUGUUUCCGGAUUUGUUGUUUGUCCUAGUUUGGCUUAGAAAAAAAAACACAAAACAACUCAUUCAUGACAAACCAAAUUCCCAUCCCAAAAAAAAAACAAACGUGUUAACUUAUUAUGAGACAAACAAAAAAAACUAUUUAUUUUUUUCAUGGCUAUAUACGUGUUGAGUUACUUUGUGAACAAGUAUUAUUUUAUUUCUCUUAUGAUGAUCACCAAGUGAGUUUACGCAGAAAGAUGAUAUUUUGUCUUGUUUUGAAAAACAAAAAAAAACAGUUACAUAUGUUGAAUUAAAAACGAAACAUUGACGUUUAAAAUCAGAUACAUAAAUGAUUUGUGCAACAACAUUGAUAUAAAAUUACAAAAAAAAACGUGUUACAAUGUCUGAAGGUACAGAAUGUUGAAUAAAAAAGUAGAUUAUGAAUCACAA